AUGCAGCUCAAAUUCAUCAUUGACGAUCGGGAGCCUCGAACCACCAAAGAUCGUGAGCUUCGAGACGCCGAGGUUCGAGCUCAUGCAGCACGCGUGUCGCACCAACGAAAGAACGCCAGGUGCAAAGGCCCACAGGUGGUUGCGUUGCGUGGGAACAGAGCGGCGCUAAGAGAUGGGGCCGAGGAGAGCGACGACGUGGAUGGUGAUGAGAGCCUGCUGGAUGAGAAUAUGUUCUUGACAAACAACUUCAGAAGGAUUCUGGGGGGAGGGCGAGUAGACCCUUUUGAUUCUUCGCCGAUUCAAAAACUACCUUCUUAUGUAUUGAAUAUUCUUGAUCAUGCGUGGAUGGACGUCUGGUCGGCGCUCCGCCCUCAUCCACGGACCGGCGUGAUUCAUCCAGACAUCUACGGAUGGAGAAACGCCGGGUUGAGCUGCGAAGCGUUGUUCCAUGCGUACGUGGCAGGAGCUGCAGGGAUAGCGUUGGCUUCAGGAGUCGGUGCCGACUCGAAAGAACAGAUCGGACGAACACAGAUUUAUCACACUGUCAAAGCCAUCAACUGCGUGAGUCAGGAGCUGAGUCGAAAUGAUGGUCCACCUUCGGAUGCACUCCUAAUGGCUGUCAUGACGUUGAGCGGGCACGGUGAGGUGGCUGACGAAGCGCACGGUGAACCCUACGCUCGAUCGCCGUUAGUGCAGGCUCAUCGAGUGAAUGUCUUUGCUCGACUAGCAAUCACACCUGCCCACUCUCGAGCCAUCGGAACGCUAAUCAUGAAAAAAGGGGGGUUGGAGGGCGUUGUCCUCCCUGGGUUCCGAAGCUUGCUCUGCUUGACGGAUGUAUUGCAAGGCUCGAUCGCGAGCUCUCGACCCAUGCUGCCGUUUGUCGGUCGCUCCGAGUCAUUAGUCUCAUCGGGGGUGCACAUAUUGGACGAAAAGGCACGGGAACGAGCAUCCGUUCUCGGAACAGGCUUCUGGGUGGAGGGAUUUCCAGCGAUAGACGAAGGCUUUCAGGCUGUGUUAUCGGCGGCGUGCGAGCUCACGACAGCUGUAGACCAUCUGCAGCGCAAGGAGAAUGAUCCCCCAGCCCUGUAUGAUAUUGUGGAGUUUCGGACGUUCGUGCAGCAUUGCUUGUUAUCCUUGCAACCUCGGAUCUCAGUGCCUCUGGACACGCCAGACUAUACGUACGAGGCUUGCCGACUGUCCACCUUGAUUUAUUCUGACAUCAAUAUCUGGCCGUUGCCAAAAUCGUCAAAUAUAAGACCCCGACUUUCCCAGCAUCUGAAGCUGGUCUUGUCAGAGCGAGCAGGUGCCGAAGCUGGCGCCAUCUCCAAGGACUUUUUGUUGUGGAUCAGCAUGAUGGGUGCCAUCGCGGCACGUCAUACCGAGCACGAACAAUAUUUUCUGGAACUGCUUGCACGGGAUGCCCGAACCCUCACUUGGGAUGACUUCAGAAAGACCAUGUUGGAGUUUUUGUGGUGUGAUUUCGUGGUUGCGCCGCUAGCACGUCCAUUGUGGAACCAGGCGUGUGCGUUGAAGGCAUUUCAUCGUCUUCCGAUUCGUACCGUUGCCUUGGCCACAGCUGAAAUGACUACACUGAGCAAACCAAAACAGCAAGAAUCAUUGACGACCAUAGCUUCAAGAGACACACAAAGUCUUUCUCUGGUCGAUUCAGGGGUCAAGGUAUUGGUAUAA